AUGGCGCCUACCGCCGUCACCACAGACUCUAGCUCCAUUGCCAGCCCUUCUGGAGAGAGUGUCAACGGCUAUUAUCAAGUAAACGGCUAUGACAACAGCUACACCAACGGGCACGCCAACGGGUACACCAACGGGUACACCAAUGGACACACCAACGGGCACACCAACGGGCAUACCAACGGGCAUACCAAUGGGUAUACAAAUGGACACUCAAACGGAUAUUCAAAUGGAACAACCAAUGGUUUUACCAACGGCGCCAACGGUGUCCCCGAUGGGAUCUCGAGGCCCCACAAAACGAUGCCCGUCGCGAUCGUGGGCAUGGCUUGCCGCAUGCCGGGGAAUGUUGCCACUCCCGCCGAAUUCUGGGAGCUCUGCACCCGUGCCCGGUCAGGAUGGACCGAGAUACCCAAGAAAAGGUUCGACAACGCUCGGUUCUACCACCCGAACCCGGGCAAGGGCGGUGCCGCGAACCCGGUUGGUGGCAGCUUUCUCAACGUCGACCUCGCUGCAUUCGAUGCCCCCUUCUUCGGGCUUACAGAGAAGGAAGCCAUUUCUAUGGACCCCCAACAACGCCUCCUUCUUGAGUGUACAUUUGAGGCGCUUGAAAACGCUGGGAUUCCGAAACAUGACGUUGUUGGGCAGAACGUAGGCGUCUUCGUCGGCGGUUCUUUCCCCGAGUACGAGUCACAUUUAUUCCGGGAUUCCGAUACCAUCCCCAUGCAUCAGGCGACCGCAUGCCAAAGCCUACGAUCUGGUGAGACGAAUUGCGCCUUGGUCGGCGCUUGCCAUCUGAACAUGCUGCCCGAGUUUUGGGUCUCGUUUUCCACUUGCAGGUUACUCUCAGACACGGGCCGCUCUUUUGCCUUCGAUGAUCGGGGUACCGGGUUUGGGCGUGGCGAAGGCUGCGGCAUGCUCGUGCUGAAACCGCUGGAUCAAGCGAUCAGGGACAAUGAUACCAUUCGGGCUGUCAUUGCUGGAACCGGGCUGAACCAGGAUGGAAAGACGCCCGGCAUCACCAUGCCUAACGGGGCAGCCCAAGAGGACCUUAUGAGGCAAGUGUACAGAAAUGCUGGGCUAGAUCCUCAUGCCUGCGGUUUUGUCGAGGCGCAUGGAACAGGCACGAGAGUCGGGGAUCCGAUCGAAGCCACUGCUAUUCGCAACGUGCUGGGUUUGAAGAGGACAAAAGGAAUUGCCGGGAUCAUCAAAGCCGCUUUGAUGCUCGAGCGUGGCUUCAUCUUGCCCAACUACGACUUCAAGCGACCAAACCCAAAGAUUCCGUGGAAGGAGUGGAACCUUAAAGUGCCUGUUUCCCAACGGCCGUGGCCUAAGGGGAAGAAAUACAUCAGCGUCAACAACUUCGGCUUUGGCGGAACGAAUGGGCACGUCGUCCUCGAAGCCCCCCCGUUUCGCAAACAGAGGCCUUCGCCAACAGCUGGAAACGAUACUCCCGAGGACCCAAGCCACGGACGGAAGCUCUUUGUGGUCACGGCCAAUGACAAGACCGCACUCUCGCAAGUGACGAAAAAUAUUGUCAUCUACCUCGAACAGCGCCCAGAGAUCUUCCAAAAGGACCUUCCUGCGAACUUGGCCUACACCUUAGGCCAGCGUCGAUCUCUUCUACAAUGGAGAGUUGCGAUUCCCGCCCUCAACUCUUUUGAGCUCAUCGAGGCGAUCAAUGGCGAGAAGUUCACUCCCGGAAAGGAGAUCGAGCCGUUGAGGAUCGGCUUCAUUUUCACAGGACAAGGCGCACAGUGGCAUGCCAUGGGGCGAGAGCUCUAUGAACAGUACCCGAUCUUUUCCAGUAGCAUUCACCGAGCCGAUAAAUGCUUGAUCGAUAACGGCGCGGAGUGGUCUCUCAUAGACGAGUUAAACAAGGGCGCAAAGGAUAGCCAAGUCAGCGAGGCACAUAUCAGCCAGCCGUCGUGUACCGCUAUCCAGCUGGCGCUGGUUGACCUUUUGCGGUCUUGGAGUAUCCGCCCAACAGCCGUCGCCGGCCAUUCGAGCGGUGAGAUUGCAGCAGCGUACGCCGCCGAGAUCAUCGAUUUCGAGACCGCCAUGACCAUUGCAUACCACCGCGGAAGACUCAUCCCAAUUCUCAAGCUAAGAAACCCGGACCUUCGGGGCCGCAUGAUGGCUGUUGGUGGCAGCAAAGAAGAGUUUCAGCCAAUUCUCGACGGUUUGAAAGAGAAGGAAGCGCGCAUUGCUUGCUAUAACAGCCCCUCCAGUCUCACCAUCUCUGGGGAUGAACCCGCUAUUGCCGAGCUUGAAGCCAUCUGCCAGGAGAAGCAAGUCUUCAACAGGCGCCUUGUGGUCGACGUCGCUUACCACUCGCACCACAUGAACCUGGUAGCCAAGGAGUACCGAGCAUCCCUGGCCCACGCUCGGUCUCCCGUUCCCACAGACAUCAGAUUCCAUUCAUCUCUGUAUGGCCAUCUAGUUGACGGCACCGAACUGCAAUCCAACUAUUGGGUGGAUAACUUGACGUGCGCCGUGCGUUUCUCGGAGGCACUCCAGAGCAUGCUCGAGCCAACCGGAGAGCACAAGCAUGGCGUCAACAUGCUGGUGGAACUCGGACCUCAUUCGGGACUGCAGGGGCCGAUCAAGCAGGUCUUGAAGGAGCUCGGCGGUAGCGCCGUGAAGAUCCCUUACGCCUCCGCCCUCAUUCGAAAACGGGAUGCCGUAGAGACGGCGUUGGAACUCGCGGCAAGCUUGUUCGCCAAGGGUGCAAACCUUGACUUUGGCGCCAUCAACUUCCCCGCCCCAACGAAGGCGCCUGUGCUGCUGACCGACUUGCCUCGGUACCCGUGGAAUUAUUCAUCCAAGUACUGGCAGGAGUCUCGGAUGACUAAAAUGCACAAACAUGCCCCAGGGGGUAGAAAUGAUAUCCUAGGUGCCCUGGCUAACUACUCCAACGACUUGGAGCCCACCUGGCGCAACAUUGUCCGGCUCGAUGAUCUCCCAUGGUUACAACACCACAAAAUCCAGUCAUUGACCAUAUUUCCCAUGGCCGGGUUUAUUGCGAUGGCACUCGAGGCUGCGGCUCAGAGAGCGGCUACAAAAACCACUUCGCUUGACAGGUUUGAGCUGAAGGGGGUUUCCAUUACCAAGCCCCUGGUUAUCCUAGACAAGGACAUCGAGAUGACCAUCACCCUGAGGCCCCGUCAGGAACCAAUCUCGGACACUUGGGAUGAGUUCCGAAUCUGCUCAUGGUCAUCCGAUCAGGGCUGGACAGAACACUGCAUCGGUCUCAUUGCCGCCCUGGAGGCGGACGAGAAUGAUGUGGACGGCGCAAGGCAAGCCUGCGAUACCGAGUCUCGCCUCAGGUCUGCACUUUCUAGAACCGGACGGCCGGAAGCCUCCUCACUUAGCCCCAAUGCCAUGUACGACAGCCUAGCCGAGCUGGGUGUGGCAUAUGGAUCCCUUUUCCAGGGUGUCACCAACUGCCGCGCAUCCGACACUCAUGCCGUGGGGGAUAUUGUUGUGCCAGAUGUCGCAAAGGAGAUGCCGAACGGUUAUCUGACGGAUGCGGUGAUCCAGCCUGCGUUUUUGGAAUCCCUCAUCGAGAUGUAUUGGCCCAUCGUGGGCGCCGGUCGCCGAGCCAUCAACACCAUCUACCUACCGUCUUCGGUAGAUCGAAUGACAGUCUCGUUCAACGUUGGGCGUUUCACCAAAGCGCCUGGCAGCGCUGUGCGCGCCGUCUGCGAAGGGGAGAUAGCCACAGGCGCCCCAAAGCCAACAAAAGUCAGCAUGACUGCUGUGGCGGGCGAGGACAACCUUCAGGCAAUCAUCUCCGUUGAUGGCCUUACGAUUUCUCCGGUCCUGGAUGGCGAGACGGAGACCGACAUCAACGCUCCCAGAGACCUGUGUUACAAAUUGGAAUGGGACCCAAUUCUCCAGACCAAAGAUGAGCACCCACCCUUCUCCGGCGGCACCGAAAUCGUCAUUAUCCAUGACGGCUCCAGCUCUCAGAGCAUCGUGGCGGUCUGUGUGGCCAGCGCCUUGGAGCAAGCCACAGGAAGACUUCCCGACUUUGGCACCCUGGAUUCCGUGAACACUGCAGGAAAGAUCUGUGUUUUCUUGAACGAGCUACAUCAACCGUUCCUUGCAACACUCACACCAUCUCAGUUUGAGAGCCUGCAAAGACUUUUGACAUCUGUCGAGGGCGUGUUGUGGGUUGUCCGUGGGGCUUACGACAAGUCCACAAAUCCGGAUGCCAACAUGGUGACUGGCUUGAGUAGAACCAUACGGUCGGAGACUGCCAUGAAGUUUGCGACUCUUGAUCUCGACGGCGAGUCCAACCCAUCUGAGCCUGAUACCGUCGACGCUAUCUUGCGUGUCUUCAACUUCGUGUUUGGCUCGAGUUCAUCGGCCACCGGAGAACUGGAGUUCAAGGAGAAGGCCGGUAGCUUUUUUACCCCACGAAUCGUUCUUGAUCCAGACAUGAACGCAUACGUACACAACCAAACAAACCCUUCUGUUCUCGAGUCGACCCAAUUCGGGGACGGUAACCGAGCGUUGAAGAUGGAGAUGUCAACACCAGGCGCCUUGGACACCAUUCACUUCGUCGACGAUUCGUCUACUGAGCAACCAUUGGAGAACGAUGAAAUCGAAAUCGAGGUCAAGGCCAUUGGGCUCAAUUUCAAGGAUGGCAUGGCUGCCAAGGGCUUGAUACCUCUCGCUAGCAGCGGCCUCGAGGCAAGCGGAAUUGUCUUAGCAGUCGGGUCCAAAGUGACUGGGUUCCAGGCUGGCGACCGGGUGGCAGCAUUUACCCAAGGUGCUUUUGCUACGCGAGCAAGGGCAAAGGCACCGUUUGCUUUCAAGAUCCCCAGAUAUCUUUCCUUGGAAGCCGCCGCCAGUCUGCCACUCGCAUACGCCACGGCGUACUACAGCCUGGUUGAGCUUGGCCGGCUCGGCGAAGGGGAAACGGUUCUUAUCCACUCCGCCGCCGGCGCCGUCGGCCAAGCCGCCAUUUGCGUCGCGCAGAUGAUUGGCGCCGAGGUGUUUGUUACUGUCGGAAACGCCAAGAAGAAGACGCUGCUGUUGAAAGAGUAUGGGCUACAAGAGGAUCAUAUCUUCUACAGCCGCAACAGCUCCUUUGGCGACGUGAUCCGCCAUGCCACGGAUGGCCAGGGCAUAGAUGUCAUCCUCAAUUCCCUCACCGGCGACGGGCUCCGCGAGUCCUGGAAGUGCCUCAACAAAUUCGGCCGCUUCAUCGAGAUUGGCAAGCGCGAAAGCGGCUCAAAAUAUCGUUUGGAUGUCGACAGCAUGGACAGCAACGCCAGCUUCAUGUCCCUAGACAUGUUCAUGCUGAUUGCUGAGAGGCCAAAGGUCGUCAAGCGCCUUCUUGCGGAUGUUGCCCAGAUAUUGAAGUAUGGGAAGAUCCGCCCUGUGACUCCUGUAAUGCAGUUUUCAAUCUCGGAUGUUGAAUCUGCGUUGAAGGCGCAGCAGACCGGAAACAUGACGGGGAAGCUUGUCGUUGUGCCCAGAGCGACCGAUGUUGUCAAGGCAGCGAAAUCAAAGAAAAUAAAGCCUCUUCUCCGCCCCGACGCGACUUACAUCCUUGUUGGCGGGACCGGAGGCCUUGGCCGAAGCAUGGCGCGCUGGAUGGUGGCCAAGGGUGCCAGAACCAUUGUUUUGGUGUCCAGAAGCGGUUCUGUGACAGGCCGCGUAAAGGAACUCGUCGACGAGCUUGAAGCUGUUGGAGCCAACAUUGUUGUCCGCCCCUGCAACGUGGUCAACAAAGCCGAGGUGGAGGAGCUCAUCAAGACUGGACUAGAGGGCCUGCCUCCCAUCCGCGGCGUGGUGCACGGCACGAUGGUGCUCAAGGACGUGCUGUUCGAAAAGAUGACAUGGGAAGAAUACAACCAGGUCAUCGAAGGCAAAGUGCAAGGUGGGUGGAACUUCCACCACGCCCUCACAAGCCACCCGCUCGACUUCUUUGUCGCCAUCUCAUCCGCCGCCGGCGCCGUCGGCAACCGCGGCCAGGCAGCCUACAGCGCAGCCAACUGCUUCCUCAACGCCCUCGUCCAGCACCGUCUCGCGCAGGGCCUGCCCGCCUCUUCCCUCGACCUAACCGCCGUCUCCGACUCGGGCUACCUCGCCGAGGACCUCGAAAAGGCCGCCGAAGUCGCGCGCAAUCUCGGCAGCGACAGCAUCUGCGAGAGCGAGGUGCUGGCCCUCCUCAACGCCGCCAUCGACGGCACCCUGGCGUCAACCUGCAACAGCCACACCAUCACGGGCAUGCGCAUCACGGCCAGCAUGCGGCCGUUCUGGACCGACGACGCCAAGUUCAAGGCGAUGCGGCUCGCGGCCGAGGAGGCCGCCGCCGCAGACGCCUCGCUCAACGCGGCCGUGGUGUCGUUCAACGCGGCGCUACGCGCGGCCAAGACGCGCGCUGAGGCGGAGGACGCUGUCUGCCGGGGGCUGGUGGAUCGGAUUGCCACGGUGCUGAUGAUGGAUCCGGAGGAGCUGGACGUCACGCGCUCGCUGUCGCAUUAUCCGCUGGACUCGCUCGUGGCGAUUGAGAUUCGGAAUUUUAUUACGCGUGAGUUUGAGGCGAAUUUGCAGGUGCUGGAGUUUUUGUCGAGUGGGUCGAUUCAGACGCUGGCGAAGACGGUGUGUGCGAAGAGCAAGCUGGUUCCGGAGUCUCUUGGUGCGUCGACUUGGUGA